AUGAACACCCCAUCCGAACCGCAACCACAACGCCAAAAUAUUGAUAAACGCUCCGCUCCCUAUGUGUCUUUUGGUGAUAAAGGAACAACUGCAACCGCCGGUCUUUACGGAUCUCUGAUACGCAUCUGUCGGCCUGUUCCAGUCAACCAUCUUCAUUCAGGGAUCGUUGCACUUGGGCUACUAGAUGGCGGACAAGCCUGUUACGCUUCAUUGCGCGCAGACAAAUUCUUAAGGAAUGCACAAUCCGUCACUUCGGGAUUUGGCCUUCGAGUCUUGAACGCUCCACGUCCUCAAUCGUCCCCGGUAACCGAAUUUUUGGGAGAUCGCUGGCCUGUAAUCUCAUACAUUACUGAUGGAGACUGUCAGGUCUCUGUUAGACUUUGGUGCCAACAAAACGUCACAAUUCAGCAUAUGCAGAUACAAAACCCAAUGCGGGCAUCAGAAUCACCAAAGGUGGGGCUUGAUGUUAAUUUUUGUCUACAGGACCUGGACUGUGUGGAGAAAAGGGAUGACCUAGAGGUCGAAUACCACAGAGCGCCACAUGGUUAUGGAGUCAUCGUCAUGGAGAAGAAUAAAAACAUCAAAUCUCACGGAGAGCGGAUUUGUGUGCUAAUCAGCGUGUUUAUGAAUGGCAAAGGACAAAAAAUACACUUCAAAAACAAGAACGACCUCAUCAAAAUGCCAGCUUUUUCAGAACCAGAAGUCGAAUUCACUGCUGUCUUCAAGAUCUUCAUGGGAACCAGGAAGCUUGACUGGCAAAGCUUUAUGGUCUCAAAAACUGAUGUCUACUGUGACCCUCUACCAACAGUACCUGCAGGUCUGGAUAGUUCUCUCUCCCAGGAUCGACAACUAAUAUGGCACUUUCGUCGCAACCUGGAGCACAUUCUGUCUGUAUGCAGUAUUCCUGUUGAUGUGCUUACAGCACAAGAUGAUAGCUCCUUGUCUGCAAAUCAAAAUGAAAAACUUCAGGCUCCAAUGAUUACAAUCCAGCCGCCAACUGGAAGGGAAGAAGUUCUUCAUCCCAAUAGACCAGUUCAACCAAUACAGCCUAUUGCUUUGACAUGUGGUGACUUUGGUGAUCAUCACAUUAGCAUUUCUGGAAGCUAG